AAUAAUAGAAAAUGCGUAAGUACUGUAAUGAACAAAUUAAAUAAACAACCCAACGCAUACUUAGAUCUUGCAUUGAGCACCUCCAUGGUGGUUCAUUCUUCUGCAAGUUCAUUGUAAAAACUUUUGAGUUGGUUUUUCAGAUUGUUGGAAGAUGGAGAAGGCGCCGAGAAGUCUGGUUUUACGCGCAACGCCGUUUUUCUGCUUGCUUCUCCUCUCCUUGCUCUACACCGUCGAAAUCAGAUCACGUCAAGUCCCGUCAAAUCAAUGUAAUUAUGCUUCUGCAAGCUUCUCCUGAGUCAAUGUUUUAUAGAGAAAUUUCUCACCCACCACUGACUUGGUCGAUAUUAUUGCAUGGAAAAUUGGCAGGGAAGACAACGUAUCCAGUCGAGAGUCGCAUACAAGAUCAACAUCACCUAGAUCUCGUAUUGGAAAGACUACUGGAAGGAGAUAGUCAAAUUCUACUGGAAGCCAACGGAUUUGCUUGUCAUUCUGACAUUCACACUGAAGUUUGUGUGUCCAAUAGACCAGUAAAGAUAGAUACAAGUACAAUGACGGUUUAUGCACCGUUCAGUGAAGGUAUGAUUGGGGCCAGUCACACAAUGAGUCCAUAUGCGAGGAAGGACGAUGAGGUGGCGAUGUCACGAGUCUCACCGGUCCAAAUACUUCAGGGUAGCAUCAUUGCCCCUCCAGCUUGUCGUUAUAACCACGACGUCCCAGCUGUAGUCUUUUCAUCUGGCGGAUUCGCAGGCAUGUUCCAUGAAUUCAAUGAAGUAAUUAUUCCUUUGUUCCUCACUACUCGCCACUUCCAAUCUCGACUAAGCUUUAUUGUCAACGAUUAUAGGCCUUCGCUCGUUGAUAAAUUUGAUAAGAUAAUAUCCCAUUUGUCUAGCUAUGAAGUUAUUAAUCCGACAGAAAAUGGAAAUGUGCAUUGCUUUCCCGGAGUAGUCGUUGGGCUUCAUUUCCACGACAAUCUUGCCAUAAACACCACGGUCGUCCCAGAAGGUUACUCCAUGCUCGAUUUCAAGCAAUUUCUCAGAGAUUCUUACAAUCUAAAGAUACAAGAAUUGUCACAGACACAAACGGAAAAACCGAGGUUGAUACUUGUAUCUCGCGAAAAAUCAAGAGCCUUUCUGAACGAACAUGAGAUGGUGACCAUGAUGAGGGCAUUGGGCUUCCGAGUUGUCAUCGCAAAGCCUCAUAUGAUGGCCAAUACAGAAAAUUUCGCAAAGAUCGUAAACUCGUGUAGCGUAAUGGUUGGCGCCCAUGGUGCUGGGCUUACAAAUAUUGUCUUCUUGCCCGAAGGGGCUGUCCUAGUGCAAGUGGUCGGGCUGGCCCUAGAAUGGCCCUCAACCCACUACUUCGGCACGCCAGCUACCGGAAUGGGUUUGAAUUACAUAGAGUACAAAAUUGAACCAGAGGAAAGCUCUCUUAUCUCACAUUAUGGCAGAGAUCACCCUGUCAUUGCUGAUCCAGCGUCAAUAAACGCAAAAGGAUAUCAGUUUUAUAGAGCUGCGUACCUUAUAGAACAGAGUUUUAAUAUUGAUGUUGUGAGGUUUAACAAGACUCUUGUCCAAGCACUUGGACUUGUUCGCCGCUCGGCUCCUUUGGGUUGAAGAAACAAAGAAGAAUCUACCUUUGGUUUCUGUCUUGUUUG